CGGAAGUCCCAAUCUGCUUCUCCAUGCAUCUGGAGCACCAAUGUGUCCCCACUAUCAUCUAACUGCCACAUAUCCUUCGAUUCAUCCCACUUAGCCUAGUCAGGUACCACACCCGCAGCCAACCCCAAAGCAUGUGAUGAUGACGUGGAGACGCCGUUCACGACUUACAACCAAUAUUCUUCUUGUUGCUUCAAACACUGCAUAAACUUUCUUCCUUAUCGCUUGCUUCCUUCAAUCGAGGCAUCGUUCUCAAGGAGAACAAUCCUCUCUGUCCUGUUCGCGACAGACAUGGAAUCUUGAUCUCGCUCGCUAUCCUUUCUCCCGAGAGAGCGAAGAUGCCUUUAUCCGGAACCUCGCCCACGUAUCUCCACGUCCUGCAAAAUGCGUCCUUGAUCCUGCUAUCGAUUUGCUGCUUCCCGUUGUGUACAUUCAUCGCUGCACUCAGCAGUGCAAUUUCUCCGUACCUCAAGACUGCGAGACAUAUCCAGCAUUAUCGAAAAUGGAGGCGGGUAUCAUCUUCCACUUUCCGACCAAGGACCAUCCUCGUGACGGGCGUGGGCAUGAGCAAAGGAUUGACGCUGGCGCGGACGUUCUAUCGAGCUGGACACCGAGUCGUAGGCGCUGAUUUCGAGGAUUACAUGAUCCCCGUGUGCGGGCAUUUUUCGAAAUCAAUUGAGACGUUCUAUCGACUUUCGCGGCCGAGUUCGGAGAUGGGGACGCAGAGGUACAUGAAGGACAUGAUCGACAUCAUCAAGAAGGAAAAUGUGGAGUUAUGGGUUUCAUGCUCGGGCAUCGCUUCUGGAGUCAAAGAUGGAGAGGCUGCGGAGAUCAUUGAGAAGGAGACGAAGUGUAAGGCGAUUCAAUUCGGGCUUACAUUAACAGAGACGCUGCACGAGAAGCAUUCGUUCAUCGAUAAUACGCGGCAACUGGGUCUCAAUGUCCCAGAUACACAUUUAGUGACGUCCGAGACAGAAUCACUAGCCGUUCUCUAUCCAGAGAAACCAAGAUCGGCACAAGGCACGAAAUACGUUAUGAAAAGCGUGUUCCUCGACGAUUCGAGUCGGGCGGACAUGACUUUACUACCAAGACCAACAUUAAAGGAAACAGAGACCCAUAUCAAGCGCCUAAAUCCAACACCGUUCCGACCGUUCGUUCUUCAAAAAUUCAUCUCGGGCCCGGAAUAUUGCACGCAUAGCCUAGUCAUUAACGGGAAAGUGAAAGCGUUCGUCGCUUGUCCUUCAGCUGAGCUGCUCAUGCAUUACGUUCCCCUACCUACAUCCUCAGCACUCUCCCAAGCCAUGCUUCUUUACACUACUCUGUACGCCAAGAAAACGGGACCAAGUAUGACAGGACACUUCUCAAUUGAUUUCCUGGUCGAAGCAGACGUAGCCCAGGACGCCGAGCGACGAGUUGGUGUGUCGGAUACAGAAGUUCGGGAGCUGAUGAGUCGGAUCUAUCCCAUUGAAUGCAACCCACGCGCCCACACUGCUGUGGUUUGUUUAGCAGACGAGUCUGAAGACCAUGCUGAGGCUUAUCUGUCGAUUUUGCCAGAUCAUGAACCAAAGGGUAUCUCGAACGGACAUCGAGGUGAGGCGCUCGUUGUGCCUAGACCGGGGAUCCAGGGGUAUUAUUGGGCUGGGCAUGAUUUAGUUACGAGGGUGCUUUUACCGCUGCUGCGAUUAUUGAGGUUUGAGAUUGGAGUGAUGGAUAUGCUGGAGCUGUGGAUGGAAUUUGCGGAGCAUGUGCUCUACUGGAGAGAUGGCACGUUUGAGAUAUGGGAUCCGUGGCCAUUUUGGUGGCUGUAUGUUGGGUAUUGGCCGGGUAUGUUCCUGGUUAGUCUGUGGGAGAGGAAAUGGUGGAGUCGGUGCAACGUCAGCACGCAGAAGAUGUUCGGAUGUUAGACACAAAGGAGCUGGCUGAGUGGCUUCAUAAAUUUCAAUUUGAUACCGAAUGAUGAGCUUCUAUGCCGCAGUAGCAUGUCCACUGAGUUCUGAGAUUCGACGCCCUGAGCGGAACAUGGCAGACUGCACAAAAUACAAACAUGACCAAACAUUACACCGAGAGAGCACAUCAGGCCGCUUCUCUUUUCCUCUGUCCUUUCAAUAUAUCACCAAUUAUUGCCUUCCCCAAAUGAGAUUGAUCAUGAAGCCGCGAA